AUGGCGGGACCGACCACACAGGAGCCCGUGAAGACCCAGCAGAAGUGCAUUGCCAUCUUUGCCCUCCUCUGCUGCUUUGCCGUGCUGGUGGCGCUGAUCUUCUCAUCAGUGGACAUUUGGGGGGACGAUGAGGAUGGUAUCACAGAGGAUAACUGCAGCAGAGACUGUGGCAUCGUGCUUGUGGAGAAUAUUCCAGACGACCUCUUCCUCCCCGCGGAUGGCAGAACCCACUUCCCUCUCUCUGCUGGCUUUCACACACUGUUGGACCAGGCAAAGCACUCGGUUGAGGUGGUGUCACCUGUCUGGGACUUAAACUCUUGGGACAUGGAAACAAUGCCAAGCACUGCCAAACAGGGUCAGCUUUUGUUCCAGAGACUGCUCAACCUGAAAUCUCGUGGGGUUAAACUGAAGAUUGCCAGCAGUCUGACUAACUCUGCUGAACUGAAGACCUUGGCAGCACACAAUGCAGAGGUUCAUUUUGUUAAUAUGACAGCUCUUACCAGAGGAGGACUUCAUUCCUCAUUCAUAAUAGUGGAUCGGAAGCACAUUUACAUCGGGAGCGCUGAUAUGGACUGGAGGUCACUCUCCAAGAGGAAAGAACUGGGGGUGGUGGUGUAUAACUGCAGCUGUCUGGCUCUGGACUUCCACCGAGUCUUUUCAUUUUACUGGCAGCUUCAUGAGAGGGACUACAUCCCCUCCAUCUGGUCAAAGAGAGUUACAGCCCUCUAUGGGAAGAAUGACGCACUGGAGCUGCAACUCAACGCUAGCCAUGCCACAGCUUAUGUGUCUACCUCUCCUGAAGUCCUCUGCCCAAAAGAUCGCACCAGAGAUGUAGAAGCCAUUUAUCAAGUCAUCCAGAGUGCAAAGAAAUUCAUCUUUAUAUCUGUGACUGACUACCUCCCUCUGGUGAACAGGAGAUUCAGAGGAACCUCAGUCACAAGGUACUGGUCACCUAUCGAUGAAGUGAUCAGAGAGGCUGUGGUCCUGAGAGGAGUCCGAGUUCGCCUGCUGAUAAGCUUCUGGAAGAAGACCCACCCCCUCACCUUUAACUUUGCCACCUCCCUGAAGUCACUCUGCAUGCAGCUGCACAACUGUUCACUAGAGGUGAGGUUUUUCAGUCACAGAGAGCAAAACGAUGACAUUCAACAUGGACUCAACCACAACAAGUACAUGGUGACUGACAAUGCUCUCUACAUUGGGAACCAUGACUGGGUUGGUAGCGACUUUGCCGUUAAUGCAGGAGUUGGGCUGGUGGUCCAAAUGAAUAAUAGUCUCAAAGACAGGGGAGCGACAAUCCUGGAGCACGUCAAGGCUGCUUUUGAAAGAGACUGGAGGUCGCGUUACGCUAAGAGCCUACAAGGAAGCAAAGAUCAUCAGGGCAAAUACAGAAACCUGCAACAAGUGAAAAUUCACACGGAGACUAAGGAGAACGAAUGGAACAGCCAUUUGUCUUUAUGA